CUGCCCAGCGGUGAGAAGCAGCGAAGGAGGGUGCUGGUUUACAUCCUCACUCUGUCUCCAAGUGUCCAUAUAGGUACUCACAGACUCUGAUUUGAACGGGAUGGCUUCAGUUACUGUAGAACCUGAAUUAAGGAGCAGAACGUCAUCUUCUUAUUGGGCAGAGAUGUAGUAAGAGAGGAAAGCAAGAAGAAAAAGUUUUCAACAGAAAUGGGAAAACUGCAGGGGAGACAUUAAAGGGUCAUGCCACUCAAUGUCGUGCUGGAAGGACCGGCCCCCUGGGGGUUUCGCCUGACAGGAGGGAAGGACUUCAGUCAGCCCCUGACCAUCUCCAGGAUCACUCCCGGCAGUAAGGCCUCCCUCGCCAACUUGUGUCCCGGUGACGUCAUCGUGGCCAUUGAGGGAGUCCCGACCACAGACAUGCUGCACUGUGAAGCUCAGAACAAGAUAAAAGAGUCCACCAAUAAGCUCUGUCUUACUGUUGAAAGGAAUGAAUCGAGACUGUGGUCGCCACAUGUCGUAGAUGGAGGAAGAGCUCACCCAUUUAAAAUCAACCUGGAAGCAGAACAGCAGGAAUAUAAACCUAUCGGCACUGCUCACAACCGGAGAGCCCAGCCAUUCAUUGCGGCGGCGAACAUCGACGACAAGCGUCAGGUGGUCAGUGCAACCUACAACACUCCUAUAGGCCUCUACUCUUCAGGCAACAUUCAGGACGCCAUGGCAGGACAAAUACGAGGCCUAAUUCACCCAAAGCCAGAAAGCCCCAGGACUUUGACCAGCAUCGAGGAUUCUGACGUGUACCAGAUGUUACAGAAAGACCAGGAGGAGCCCCACGCUCCUCGACAGUCUGGCUCGUUCAAAGCCCUGCAGGAGUUCAUUGACAGUGAUGGCACUCGUCCCAUUGUGACCAAGUCGGUAAAAGCCCCCACGAUCAAACCAACCCCACCCACAGGAAACCUGCAGAAACUGCCCGUCUGCGACAAGUGUGGGAACGGGAUCGUCGGGACAGUGGUGAAGGCACGGGACAAGUAUCGUCACCCCGGUUGCUUUGUGUGUUCCGACUGUGACGUCAACCUCAAACAGAAGGGCUACUUCUUCGUGGAGGGGCAGCUGUACUGUGAGACUCAUGCUCGUGCUAGGAUGAGACCACCGGAGGGACACGACCUCAUCACCACUUUUCCCUCCGCUUAGAUCCCCCUCGUGAGGGCAUAGACGCAAAAGCUCAGACACGCGUAUGAACAGACACACUUUGGCCGACACUCUCAUGUCCUGCAUCUGCGUUUAUCUGCACUUUGAUGUGUUGUCUGUGUGCAACAAUAUUUCGAUAGGAAUCCACUUUUCUCUCAGAACAUGUAAUAUGAUGUUUUGACCUAUAAAUCACGUCUGUGUUGGAAUAUUUUCCAGGUGACUCCUUGAACAACCUGCUGGUUUAAAGAGCCCAGCAGCGGUAAGGUUUGCCACUUUUAUCGUGCUCUUUUUUUUUUUUUCAAUAAAGACUUAUGUUCAUACAGUAUGGCAUCUGUAUGUGAAGUUAGAGAUAAAUUACAGCCUGUAGAUGUUAACAGACAACAGCCUUCAUGAGGCAAUCUUUUGGGGAAAAAAAUAGCUUGUGCCAAAAAGCAAAAAUAACCUUUAAGGUUAAUAUUGGCAUUCAAGUAAAAGAGGAGAGGGUUCAAAUGGGAACAUGAGCCACUUCUUGCAUUUGAUGACUUAACUGCAAAAUAAAAAAUAUAUUUGUUUCAAAUAAUUAGAUAUACCUUAGGCCGUUGUGUAUGCAGGGAAAUUAAAAUGAGUUAUCUAAUUAUUAUGGUAUUUAAACAAUGACCCAUCAAAAACAGUUGGUCCUAUGGCACAGCUUGCCCCAAGGCUGGGGUAAAAUGAGCAUUGGGGAUGGGGAAAAUUGAGCCUUCUAAGAGUAGCAGUCUUUUCCUCCAUCCAGGUUUCUUUGUUGCUAACUCAAAUGUCAGUUCUCUGCAGUUUAUUGCUUUGAUUGAUUUUGGAUGGACACUGCACCAAGAUGCACAGAUCACAUCAAGCCAGACGGGAAGCCAGACACGGGAACAGGGUUUUAAAGGUCGAUCUUUGAAUUGAGUCUCCACCUUAAAAAAGAAAAAAAAAAAAAAAACAUUAAGGAAAAAGACCAAAUCCACAAAAUCCGAACAAGUCAACAAAACUGGG